AUGAAUUUUGACAAUGGCCAUUUGUCGGUGAUUGAAGGAGCAGAACGCAUGAUGUUCCGCCUUGACGAGAUUGAUGAACUCAUGCAGUGUAGCUCCGAUGGCGAGCAGGACGCCAUUACAACGCACCUCAACGGUGAGAUGGACCUGCAUAGUGUUCUGGCGGGACACGAGGCGGAACUUUCCGCUCUGCGUGAGGAUUUUAUUCAGGCUCAUGUCGAUGAGGCGGAGAAUAUCUGCUCCCUGUACAUGGAGUUUGUGGAGUGCGAGAAGAAGUUGGUGCAGUUUGAGGAAGAAAUUAUUGCCUUUCAGCGUCGUUUAGCGGAUUCGGCAGAUGAUAUGGUCAAAAUGCAGCAGCAGACCGUUUCCCUUGUACGUAGCAUCAACAAUCGGCGUCUGGGAAGCAGCAGGCUGAGUGAGGUGUAUAAGGUCCUGCAGGAAUGUGAUACCUUUUGCGAUGCCAUUGCACAGAAAGACGUCGAUGAGAAGUACCUGGAAAACAUCUCAGAAUUGGAGAAGAAGUUAUCUUUUUUUUCAUCCAACAAGGAGCUGGAGGGAUCGGCUGUGGACUUGGAGACACGGCCGCGCUUACAGUCAGCUGCCAUGCGAGCUGGUGAUAAGCUACUGCGAUAUUUUGGCAAAAAGAUUUUGGCUUUGACGGAAGCGGAGGAUUUGGCGAGCAUCGAGGGCCAGCAGCAGUCUUUGGUGGAGACGGGUCGAAAUGCCAUUGGGUUCUUGAAGAGUUACAAUCAACCCAUUGCCGAGGCAAUUUUUCAGGAUUACGCAAGGCGCAUGUCGGAAGUUUUUGCUCGUCAUGUUCGUGCUGUGUUGCACGAUUUUGGUGAGCUGUGUGUGGUGAAUGCCAGCAGCAUGGAUACCAUCAUAACUGCGGAUGAUGUGCAUGAUGUAAUGUGCAAUCGGGAUGUCGCUUCUCCAAAAGGAAACCACGUCACUGUGGCAGCACAGGAGAUAAAAUUUCCCGUGCAGCCUUUUCCACGUCGCGAACGAAGUGUCUCGCAACACAUGCGUACUUUUGCUGGUCGAAUGCUGAAAUCAGAAAGGCCCAUCAAGACACGGGAAACGACAAUUUACGACACCCUCGCGGCAUUGAGUACAAUGAGGAUUCGGGAUGAAUCCUUUUCUCUGGAUGCGGCUGCGGCGCUUCCACUGGAAAAUGUGGGUUGUUGGUCAUGGCAUUUCCUACGCUGUGUGCAUCUUAUUGCCAACCUUUGCGUCACGGAAUGUUGGUUUAUCCGGCAGUUUUUUUUUUCUUCUUCGACAGAGGACGAAUUUGAGAGAACAGAGACACUUGUGCGUCUCGUGUUGGGGAAUGCAGUCGAUGUUGCCUACAACACCAUUCGAGAGGACCUGCCGCUUGUGACGGACCGUCAAAGUGCUCUCGCCGGUCUUCGUAUUGUUGACAUUGCCAAAAUGCAUUUGUGUCUUUUAAGUAACCCAGUGCCUCUUCUUCUUUUUAGCGGCGUUAUGGAGUUGGUCAAGAAAACAUUGUCGGACACGCUGCAUAGCGUCAUGGCGAAUGAUCUGAAAUCAACUCAGUUCCUAACGUCAUUAGAGCUGUCACCCUUUCAGCGUGUUCCAAAUGGCAGUAAAAUGAGUUUGAACAAACUGCUCGAGGACCGGAAUUACGCCUCAACACUCGGUGUACACCCCAUCGUACGGCGGUUCAGUCAAAUUGCCGGGGAAUUGGAGUUACUGAACUCCGCUUCUCUUGAAGGAUCCAUGGUAAAUGGCGCGGAUGUCAUGGUGUAUGAUCCGGCUGUCUCAAACGCCUUGUAUCGCGAACUGGAGAACGUUCUGGAAUUUAUUUCAGUGCUUGCAAAACGGCAUAAGAACAUACUGGCGCAGCGUAUAUUUGCUCUUAACAAUUACUUUUACAUACAAGCAUCGUGGCGACGAUUGUCAGGCGCUUUAAAAUCUGUUGUGGGAAUGGAACAACUUCCAUGCGCAGCACCACCUGCACAUGUUAACUGCAUUGAGAGCCGCCUUUCCAAUGAAGUUGUGCGUUUUGUCGAUGAAGACUCGAAGGCAAACGGAACCUUUGCCUAUCUGUUUGACUUUGUCCAAAUGGCGGAGGCCACAUUGGGGAACGCCUUCUUUACAGAUGAUGGGCUAAUGGAACGAUCUAUAGGUCCACUGCCAGAUGCUUUGAGCGAAGCUGCAACGAUGCAGGCGGUUUUGGAUUUUAGUCAAAGUUGGCAGGCGCAGUUUUCAGAGACCUGCAGUCUUGUGAAGCGAGUUGUCAGUUUGACACUGACGGUAGCGGCGGCGGCAGCAAAAGACGAAGUUGCAUUGGAUUCCAGCAAGAAGCUGGAGGAACUUAUCCUCAAGGAAUACACACAAAGUGUUGUAGAGGCGAACACAAAGAUGCAUCUCGUUGUUACACGCCUUUUUGGAAAAAAUAAUGAGAUGCGCGCGCGACUGACAAGCAACGCGACGGUUUUGCAUGAGGUAAAAAAAGUACUCCGGUUUUUAUAG